AUGCGCCUCAACGACGGCCCAAAGUUUGUUAUGAGCACAUAUUACGGCGCAACACCUGUGCUCAACAUAACAGACCCGGAUAUCAUCAAAGAUGUAAUGGUUAAGGAUUUUAAUGUAUUUCCAAACCGACACUCAUUUUUCGAUGUCGACUCGUUUUGGAGUAAAAACAUCUUCUCAUUGGAGGACAACGAUUGGCGUAGAGUUCGGUCUAUAGUGACGCCCGUAUUGUCCACAACACGAGUCCGCCAGUUGUGUCCAAUCGUGAGCCAAUGCGUGCGCCAAUUGGUCGACGACUUAUCUACCGGCGCCCGCAGCGAUAGUCACGUCAUAGAUGUCUCGCAAUAUUAUAAAAAGUAUGUAAUCGACUCAAUACUCCGAUGCUUUUUCCGCAUAAAACUCGACGCGAGCGACAAAAUUAGCGAUGAAUUUGUCGGCAAUUAUGAAAAGUUUCUCAAUUAUAACAAAUGGAAACUCUUAUCGUUGGAAAUAUUUGACGGAUUUUUUGCCAAAUUAUUUGCUAUUAAAUCGCCGAUCGAUGAGUCCAUCAAAGAGUUUUGCGUCAAAUUAUGCAAAGAACUCAUCAAUGAGUAUAAGACGUCGGGAAUGGCUAACCUCAAGGAAAGGGAUCAGUAUUUUAUUCACACGCUUAUCAACCUAUCCAUUGAUAAUAAUAACGAGGAAAGGCAUACUGUUUUGAAAAACAAAUACCUGACCGAAGAGGAAGUCAUAGAAAAUUCGGCCAUAUUUUUGAACGCAGGCUACGAGAGCUCGUCCAACAUCCUACUGUCCACCACCUAUGAGUUGGCCCGUAAUCCCGGGGUUCAGCAAAAACUGUAUGAGGAAGUGGUCGGCAUUAUUAAUGAGGACAGGGAUGGCAACGAUAUCACCGACUACUACGAGGCGCUGCCUAAACUCAAAUACAUGGACGCCGUGAUCAUGGAAGUCAUACGACUGUACAUAACGUCGGAGCCGCUGAAACGGCUGUCCAAUAGUCGGUACACUUUUCGUAAGAUAGGGCUCACCAUCGAUAAGGGAACGCGGGUUGAGAUCCCGACGCAAGCCAUUAAUACGUGCGACGAGUACUUCCCGGAUGCGACUCAGUUCAUACCCGAGCGGUUUAUGGACAGGGAGGCGAACCACCAGUACCCUAACCUGCCGUUUGGUAGUGGACCCCGGGGUUGUCUGGGAAAGGUGUGGGCUGUUAUGCAACUUAAGUUGUGUUUAGUGGGAGUCAUACGUCGGUAUCGAUUCGCGAGUUGCGAUAUAAUGGCCGAUAAUAUUGAGUGGAAAUUAAAUUUGUUUGGAAAUCGAAAUAAACAAAUGUUUGUUAAAAUAGCGGAGAGAUUAUCGAGUGAAGCGGACUUUGUCAUAGUGUAA